UCUUUUCAUUGGAUAUCAAUUAAAUCUCUUUCCUCCACUGCCACCCCCACCCCUACGCUUACCCCUACCCCUUAUGUUGCUCUCAAGUGACCUUCUCACAAAUCCACCACGUGCUCUUCACUUAGAUGUCUAAGGUGGACCUUCGUUCCCCUCUUUGGCAUACACACUCCCUUUUUUUUCUCAAACACCUCCUAUUUAAACCCUCUCUUUCCCUCUUUCUCCCACAAACACCCCCUUCUUUUUCUUCCUUCACUUCUCUGUUCAAAAAAUCUAAACAGACAGAAAAGGAAAAUGACUUCUACAACUGCAAAUUAUACUACUUGUUGGGCGAGAACCGGAGUUUCCGGUUCUCAUCCCUUCUCACCGUCUACUUCUUAUUCUUCCGUUGAUAUUUCCCUUCCUUCAAAAUCCAUGAGAAAUCUCACUAGAAAAGCUAAAAUACAUUCUGCUCUUCAAUCCCCUGCUAUACUCACUUUCCCUAAACAAAAAAAUCCAUCAAAAAGACACUCAGAAUCUCGACAACAAACAACGCCUGAUUGGAAUUUUUUCCAAAAGGCAGCAGCAAAAGCUUUAGAUAUAGUGGAAAGCGCGUUGAUAUCACGCGAACUCCAAAACCGACUUCCUAAAACCGCCGACCCACGGGUACAAAUUUCCGGCAACUUUGCUCCGGUGCCGGAGCAACCUGUCCGGCAUAAUCUUCCCGUUAAAGGGACGAUCCCUGAUUGUAUUAACGGUGUUUAUGUCCGUAAUGGUGCUAACCCGUUGUUUGAACCGGUUGCCGGACAUCACCUUUUUGACGGUGAUGGCAUGGUUCAUGCCAUCACCGUCGAAAAUGGUUCAGUGAGUUAUUCUUGCCGUUUCACUGAAACACAAAGAUUAGUUCAAGAACGUGAAUUGGGUCGCCCUGUUUUCCCAAAAGCCAUUGGUGAACUUCAUGGUCAUUCUGGAAUUGCUAGGUUAAUGCUCUUUUACGCUCGUGGACUUUUCGGGCUUGUGGAUCAUAGCCAUGGCACUGGAGUAGCUAAUGCCGGAUUAAUUUACUUUAAUAAUAGGCUAUUAGCAAUGUCUGAAGAUGAUGUCCCUUAUCAAGUUCAAGUUUUGCCUUCUGGUGACCUUGAAACAGUUGGAAGGUACAAUUUUGAUGAGCAAUUGAAAAGUACAAUGAUUGCUCACCCGAAAAUUGAUCCUGUUUCGGGUGAGCUUUUUGCUUUGAGCUACGAUGUAGUUCAAAAACCGUACUUGAAGUCUUUUAAGUUUUCUCCGGAUGGGGAGAAAUCGCCCGACGUUGAAAUCCCAUUGGAUGUUCCUACCAUGAUGCAUGACUUUGCUAUUACUGAGAAUUAUGUUGUAAUUCCCGAUCAGCAAGUUGUGUUCAAGCUUCAGGAAAUGCUCAAAGGUGGUUCCCCAGUGAUCUAUGACAAAAAGAAGAAAUCCAGGUUUGGAAUUCUACCCAAAAAUGCUAAAGAUUCUGAGAAUAUAAUUUGGUUAGAAUCACCCGAAACGUUCUGUUUUCAUUUGUGGAAUGCUUGGGAAGAGCCAGAGACGGAUGAAGUAGUUGUCAUUGGCUCAUGCAUGACACCACCAGACUCUAUUUUCAAUGAAUGUAGCGAGAAUUUGAAGAGUGUUUUGUCAGAAAUAAGGCUCAAUUUGAAGACUGGAGAGUCGAGGAAACGAAAAAUAAUUCCUUCAUCAGAACAGGUUAAUUUGGAAGCUGGAAUGGUGAACAGGAACAAACUUGGUCGAAAAACACAAUAUGCUUAUCUAGCUAUUGCAGAGCCAUGGCCAAAAGUGUCUGGUUUUGCAAAAGUGGCCUUAUCAACAGGGGAGGUUCAGAAACAUAUGUAUGGAGAUGGAAGAUAUGGAGGUGAGCCAUUAUUUUUACCAAGAAAUGUGAACUCAGAGAAAGAAGAUGACGGAUAUAUUCUUGCAUUUUGCCAUGAUGAGAAGACAUGGAAAUCAGAACUCCAAAUUGUGAAUGCCAUGACUCUAGAAUUGGUGGCUACUGUCGAGCUUCCUUCAAGAGUUCCAUAUGGCUUUCAUGGGACUUUCAUUAGCUCAAAGGACUUGCAAAAUCAAGUAUAGUACCACCAAAAAUUAUAGGUAUAUACGUACAUAUUAGGAUGGUAGAAAGGGUGGUAUAAUAUACGUACAAGUGUGUUAUAAUUGAGGAGAUAUGUAUAAUCUUUCUUGGAAUUGGGGAUUGGUGUUCGUGGAGUGUUGAGAAGGGAGAUUUUCAGAGACCAAGCUUGAAGCUUGUAGGUCUGUAGGUAGGAUUCGGAAAGCUCAGAUGGUUUCUGGUUUCUUUCUUUUUUGGCCAAAUAUAGUACUUAUUUUGACAUUGUGAAUGAGUGAAUAUUUAUAGGUAUUGCAGUA